GGACGUAUCCGGGAUGGGAGGAAGAGUUCCACGGACAGGGCCAUCUUUGGUCGUUCUCGCCGGGUGCAAUACUCACUCCUGGAAUCGUUUUGAAUACACGAUUGUAUAAGUAAAAUUUAGCGACAUUUCGUUUACCACAAUCAAGCGCAAGUGAUCAUCUGGUGAAAUUAGUGCAUUUACGUAUUCGUUUCUAUUCUGGUACAUUUGCGUGCAUUUCAAAAGGCAGUUGCAGGACCGGAGCAGCGGUGAUACGACAUGGAUGAGGAAUACGAUGUGAUCGUACUAGGCACCGGACUCACAGAAUGCAUUCUGUCCGGGAUCAUGUCUGUCAACGGGAAAAAAGUGCUUCACAUGGACCGGAACCCGUAUUACGGUGGUGAAAGUUCCUCUAUCACUCCACUGGAGGAGCUCUACAAGCGCUUUGGCCUUCCUGACACCCCCCCAGAAUCCAUGGGCCGAGGGAGGGACUGGAAUGUCGACCUCAUUCCCAAAUUUCUCAUGGCCAACGGCCAGCUGGUGAAGAUGCUGCUGUACACAGAGGUGACCCGGUACCUGGACUUCAAGGUGGUGGAGGGCAGCUUUGUGUACAAGGGAGGGAAGAUUUACAAAGUCCCCUCCACGGAGACCGAAGCGCUUGCCUCAAAUCUCAUGGGGAUGUUUGAGAAGAGGAGAUUCAGGAAGUUCCUGGUGUUUGUGGCCAACUUUGACGAGAACGACCCGAAGACGUUUGAGGGCGUGGACCCCAAACUCACCACCAUGAGGGAUGUGUACAAGAAGUUUGACCUGGGCCAGGAUGUCAUCGACUUCACCGGUCAUGCCCUGGCCCUCUACAGGACAGAUGAUUACCUGGACCAGCCGUGCUUGGAGACGAUUAACCGGAUUAAGCUGUACAGCGAGUCCCUGGCUCGCUAUGGGAAGAGUCCGUACCUGUACCCCCUGUACGGCCUGGGAGAGCUCCCCCAGGGGUUUGCCAGGUUAAGUGCUAUAUACGGAGGGACUUACAUGCUGAACAAGCCCGUGGAGGAGAUUGUGAUGGAGGAUGGUCAUGUGGUCGGAGUGAAAUCUGAGGGGGAGGUGGCUCGCUGUAAGCAGCUCAUCUGUGACCCGAGCUACAUCCAGGACCGGGUCAGGAAGGCGGGUCAAGUGAUCCGGGUCAUCUGCAUCCUCAGCCACCCCAUCAAGAACACCAAUGAUGCCAACUCCUGCCAGAUCAUCAUCCCCCAGAACCAGGUCAACCGCAAGUCAGAUAUCUACGUGUGCAUGAUCUCGUACGCGCACAACGUGGCGGCGCAGGGGAAGUACAUCGCCAUCGUCAGCACCACGGUGGAGACCGCCGAGCCGGAGGCCGAGAUCGAGCCCGCGCUGGAGCUGCUGGAGCCCAUCGACCAGAAGUUUGUGGCCAUCAGUGACCUUUUUGAGCCCACUGAUGAUGGCACAGAGAGCCAGAUCUUCGCCUCCCGGGCGUACGAUGCCACCACCCACUUCGAGACCACCUGCAACGACAUCAAGGACAUCUACAAGCGCAUGACGGGCAGCGACUUCGACUUCGAGAACAUGAAGCGCAAACAAAACGACGUGUUCGGAGAGGAGGAGCAGUGAGGCGAGCGGGGCUUCUGAGAGAGGGGGCGGGGCUGCUGGGAAAGGGCGGGACAGGCACGACCGGGAUCGGGAGAGGGGCGGAGUUCAGGAUGUACGGAGAGAGGGCGUGGAUUUGGUCACAAGCUGAUAUUACCGCAAACAUUAUCAUGCUUGCCCAACAUCUCCCCCUCCCUCCAACUCCCCACACACACACGCACACACACACCACACGCCCAUGCUUACCCACAUCCCACACAAACGCUCACACAUUCACACAGGCUCACACACAUGUACGUACACAUACGCGUGCACGCAAACACAAACACGCAUGUGCGCACGCACACACGCACGCACACACACACACACACUCUCUCUCUUCAUUACCCAGCAGCCUAAGCAGGGUUGACACUUCCGAAGGGUUUUUCAUUCCAUUAUUAAAAGCAUAAUCUAAACGUUAUUUCUGCCCGCUACUAUCGCAAAGAGCACGUACUGUCGUGACAUUUUCAACACUUGUGCAGGAACAGUUUGCGUUGAUCUCCAUGUGGUUCUAUCUUUGUUUUGCUGCUCAGUGCUUUCUGUCGGUGUCUUUGAAGCUUUGCAUUGCAAUCUGCACAAACAGUCUGACCUACACACACUCAUACACAGACACACACACGCACGUGCGCACACACACACACGUACAAACACACCACACACUCCUGAAUUCUGAAUCACCAACUGUACUUCAUUUCAGUUCAGUAUGUAUUAACUGUUAAAGAAAUAUUAAGGCAACUGUUCAACCAAGGAAACUACCAACAUUCCCUCUGUGACCCACGUUAGCAGCUAUAUGAGGAAAGUGAGAGGUUUAAUUCGGCAGAAUUCGGAACUGUGUUAGAGUUGGAAACGCGCACCGUCUCAUUAAUGACCAUGCCUAUCGCACACACUCAGUGUCACAGGCGUACUAUGACAGUGUACUGCAGUGGGAGGGGCUAAAUGGAGGGCCAAUCAGAAGCCAGGAUCAUCCUCCCGUCACUGUGUUCUCUUAGCACGGCUUCUGUUGAUCAUGUGUAUGUCAACCCUGCUGAUUUCUCUCCCUCUCUCUCUAUCUCCCACUCUCUCCCGCUCUCUCUCUCUGUCUCCCUCUCUCGUCUUCUUCUCCCUGUUAUUUGAACAUGUGCCCUGCUUCCUUUCUAAAAACAAAACUCUAGGCCAGUGGACACGGUGUAAAAAAAAGUUAAAAUAUAAAUAGAUUACGAGACUGCACCCUGGCCUCUCCCUCACCCCCCUUUCCCCUCCCCCUCCCCCUCAGCACCCACAGGCUAACUCUUCUCCCACAACCCUCUGCUUCUUCUGUUUGAGUGAGUUUGAGUGUUUUGCUUUUGUGCUAUAAUUUCAGGAAGUAGCGUAUUCGUACUGCAGCAGGAUGUGAGGGUGCAGAUGAGAUCAUGUCCUUCACUCGCCAGGCUUAUGAAGUUACCUGGAGGAGAACGGAAAGUAGCUUUGAGACUCUGAACUGACACUUUAAAGGGGAUGGUGAAAGAGAGGAGAGGGUGAAAAAGAGGAGAGAGGGUGAAAGAGGAGGGAGAGAUUGUUGAGAGAGGGAUAGGCGUGAGGGUGGCGGGCUGUUGGUUUCAAGGGGAGGAGUGAUUUUGUCCAUGGAAGGAAGGGAGUUCAAAGGGGAGAAAAGGGAGGAGUUUAUGGUGCGACGAGGUCAUGUGGUGAUCAUGUGCUUUAAGAGGAAGUUGGAAAAAAGUCUUUCAUCGGGUUUUUCAUCUUUGUAAAGAAUGCAGACUGAGGUCUCAGCUGGUGAAUAAGCGUGGCGUCGGGUUCGAGUCCUGUGUUACACCUGUGUCAGACUGACCAGCCACCGGUUACUAAAAACUUACUGUUUGGUUUCUCAUGUUUUAUAUGUAGAACAGUGAGAGAUAGGGUACAGUUAACUGCUGAUCAGGAAUUGAAGGAUGGUAAAAUUGUACGUUGUCCUUUGGAGAGUGGUUUCUGGAAGGUGACGACAGUGGCAUUUAGCCGAAAUGUGGUGCCUGUUCUGUAGGAGGGUGAACCAAAUAAUUACACCCCAGUUAACACUGCAAUGAGGCCUUUGACCCAAAAAAAUAAGGUGCCAAUUUUUGAAGGCUUGCCAUUCGCUGGUCACUGAGCGAGUCCAGGCCUUAGAUUCCUCUUCACUUCCCCUGUUUUUAAUUGCCCCUGCGCAAGGCGCCCCUUCAGGUAAAGCUUGGAUGGAAAUCCUUUCGCUCUGGAAAAAAAAACAAAAAAAAAAAAAAAACUAUGCGUCAAAAUUCAAGUAAUCUUGAGCUACAGAUGGUUCCUGUGCAAUAUAGUUCAGUGGAAUCCUGCUGCCUGAAUGUGGGCGUGUCUCCUCCGAUCCAGCCCUGGGCGGUAUGUACGAAUUAGCGCACUUGCCUACUAUUGAGUAUACACUAUUGUAUACUCAAUAGUAGGCAAGUGUGUUGACUCAGACACAGCCCAGGUCUCUGAAUCCUAAGUCCUGCCAACAUCCUUACUCAACACCUCUCCCUCCUCCUGCACCGGAGACAAGAAGUGUCUGUAAAGAUUCAGUUUGUUUAUUGGUUAAAGACUGGACUAUGAGGUGCUGUUUGAUUGGUCAGAAAGACAAGAUGGGCUCUGUAAAUUUUAGUAUGUUGACCAGAUAUUGUCUGGGAGUUGUAAUUUGAAUGGUCAGAAAGACAGGAAGUGCUCUGUCACGUGCAGUUUGAUUGGCCAGGCACUUGUCCCUCAGCCCCUCCCCUCCAAACGGAGCCCAGGCAUUGGCUGCCCCUCUUCUCGUCACUCUUGCCAGCUGUGUGGUGUGUCUUAAAGCUCUAAUUUAUUCCUGUUGUGCUGAUUCAAACGUUUGGUGGAAGGGAGGGUAAAAGUGGAAUGGACUCUGCUGUCAUCUCUUAUUUUGACUUAGUAAAGCUGAAACGCAGUCGGACCGAUAUUAUACAUGCAAUCUGUAGUUAGUUUUUUUCAUUUCAUGGUUUUCCUAGCAAAGUGUACAGAUGAUUUCAUUAUUACUCGUGAUUAUGAGUUCUGAUUAGACGUUCUCUAUGCUAAAAGUCUAACAUUAGCCUCGGCAUAGUCUGAGAAAUGUGUGGGUAGAACUGGACAGGGCAGUUGUAAUGAAAGAUGAAGUGAGCUAAAAGCUAUUUUAGGAAAAGGAUUUUAAGGUUGGCUCGAAAGACCUCUGCUCUUUGGUUUUUGCGUGUGUCUAAAAUGAACUAAUUAUGUUUACAUCGUUAGAUUCCACAUAUUUACUGUGUCAUCUCACAGGUCGCUCUUCUUGAAGGAUAGGGGGCUCUGUAAGGGUGUGGGUUCAGGGUCAUGACCCAUCCAAAGACCAAUAGUGACAGCAGUCAACGGACACUCAAGACAGUGUACCGAAGUGACAAGAUGCUUCACUCCGCUGUGUCGCUGCAUUGUGGAAGCUGAAAGGCUCAUGAUGAUGUCCGGAGCCUGUGAGCUCGCGUACGAGUCUACUCAGUGCGGCUGUGUUUACAAUCUUCCGCAAUCAUUCGCAACACUAAUACAUUCCAAAUUUCACCUGCUUAUGAAUAUUCAUAGAGUGUGGCUAUCGCCAGAACUGUGCAAUCGGUAGAGCGGAACUCUUUGGCCGGGACAGGAAGGAGUGUAGAGUGUGGGAUCUUGCCAGUGAAUAACUGUCGUCAUCACUGAGGAAGAGGCAGCCCCAGCCUCGGAAGCCCACCGUGAUUCCCUAAUUGGGUAUCGUGGAGCUACUGUACCUGACCAGGCAAAAGACACAGUGAGAGUUCAUCCAGAUACACACAAGACGGAGUGAGAACCUGUCUCACCUUAUCCACUUCCCUCCUGCACAGAUACACACACCCACACCUGCCCACUCACACCACCACACACCUACCUGGACCAGGCCACCUUUGAAUUGAAGCUCCUAGUUUUUGGUUCUCUGUUGGUCAGUGGAAUAAUUCUGAAGUGGCAGAUCUGUACUGUACUGUGCAAUUUUAAUGUUUUCAGUGACUUGUGUGGGGCUCCUGCUGUGGGACUGGAGUAGUUAUGCCUUUAUUUAACGAGCAGAGCAAAGUUUUGGGAUUGUCCUUCUUGUUCACUAACGUAUCUUUUCCCUGAUCACAUUUAUUUAUUUGAUUUUUUUUUUAAAUAUUUGUUUUUGUAUUUUAGUAUGAUUUUAUUUUUGCUCUUUUGAAGGAUAAUGCAGAAAACAUCAACAACAGACGUAUCUCUUUAAACUGUCGUAACUUAUUAUUCGGACUGACAAGUAGCUGGCUUGUGGUCAAUUAUUCCAACACUAGUAUGUGAACAGUACCUAAUGUCUUGUGCGAAAAAGAAAUUAAAAAAAAUGGAAAAAGAAAUAAAAAUGAAAUAAAAAGGCACAUGGCAAAAAUGUCAAA